AUGUCUCACAGGUUCGAUGGUGGAGAUGUCUCUUUCAUUAUUGUGGCAUCUGCCAUGGUAUUUUUCAUGAUACCUGGUCUCGCUUUUCUGUAUUCUGGAUUAUCCAGAAGAAAGUCCGCAUUGUCGCUUAUCUGGGCAGUUUCUGCUAGCAAUGCAGUCUGUAUCUUUCAGUGGUACUUCUGGGGUUAUUCCUUGGCAUUUUCGCCAACUGCAACCAACGGAUUCAUGGGCAACUUGGCGAACUUUGGCCUGAUAAACGUCCUCGGCGAACCCUCUCCCGGUUCUCCUCUAAUUCCUGCGCUAUUGUACGCAAUAUAUCAAAUGGAAUUCGCAUGCGUCACAGUGGGAAUACUGGUGGGUGGGAUCGCCGAGCGAGGUCGGGUACUCCCAGCCAUGGUCGUCACAUUCUUUUGGAUGACCUUAGUUUAUUGCCCUCUUGCUUGCUGGGCGUGGAACGUAAACGGCUGGGGUUAUAAAUUCGGUGUUCUUGAUUUUGCAGGUGGAGGUCCCGUAGAAAUCGGAAGUGGAGUAGGAGGUCUUGCCUAUGCCUGGGUGCUUGGCCGCAGACAGGACAAGGAGCUCCAGAACUUCAGGCCACACAAUAUCUCCAUGGUCAACCUGGGCACCUUUAUCCUCUGGUUUGGCUGGCUAGGUUUUAACGGUGGGAGCGCUUUCGGUGCAAACUUGCGCGCCGUCAUGGCCAUGUGGAACUCUAUGAUCGCUGCCGCGUUUGGCGGUAUUGUUUGGUGCCUCAUUGACUACCGCCUGGCGCGGAAGUAUAGUAUGGUCGGAUUCUGUUCAGGAACCAUUGCUGCUCUAGUUGCGGCAACGCCUGCUUCAGGAUACAUCAAGCCCUGGGCGGCAGUUCUUAUGGGCAUUUUCACCGGCGCUGUGUGUAACUUCGCAACUAAAUUAAAAUUUCUUCUCGCAAUAGACGAUUCACUUGAUCUUUUUGCCGAGCACGCUAUUGGCGGGAUCCUGGGUCUCAUGACGAACGCAUUUUUUGCUACUGAGGCCGUUAUCAGCCUAGACGGCGUCAACACGAGUGUCAUUGGCGGCUGGGUCGACCACAAUUGGAAGCAGCUUUAUAUUCAGUUUGCCUAUGUCCUCGCGACAUGCUUAUAUACAUUCGUUGUCACUGCCCUGAUUGUCCAUUAUGUCGACACAAUCCCUGGCCUCCAUAUACGCGUAACAGCCGGGAACGAGACACUCGGUCUCGACGAGGUCGAGAUCGGUGAAUACGCGAAUGACUACAUCGAAAUAUGGCGUGACGUUAUGGAGCCGAACCCUAUGGCCUCCUCAAAUACACGUGAAUCAACGCUCGACACGAUCACCUGUGCUGUUGGACGCAGCCAACAAGCUCUUUCGCAAGAAAUUUCAAUGCGCAAUUUGCAGGUUCACGACAAUUUGCACAUUUGUGACGAGGAUAAAUAUGAGAAGUCCGUUGAGCUGGAAGUACUGUCAGGGCGGGCCGGGGACAGAAUCUCCGUAGUUGCAUGA